AUGGAAGCUGCGAUUCAAACCAGAGGAAUUCUCUCUCUACCCGCCAAACCAAUCGGAGCGAGAAGCCUUCUUCAGCCAUCCCACGGCUUAAAGCAGAGACUUUUCGCCUCGAAGCCAAGAAAUCUGCCUGGGUUGUCGCUUUCCUUUAACGGGCACAAGAAAUUUCAAGCCUUUGAGCCAACCCUUCACGGGAUUUCGAUUUCCCACAAGGAAAGAAGCACCGAGUUCUUAUGCAAGGCGGAGGCAUCGGCCGCCGGCGACGGAGCUGUGUUCGACGAAGGCGACUCGGCAGCAGUUGUAGUGUCGCCCAAGAUCUUCGGUGUGGAGGUUACGACCUUGAAAAAGAUUAUCCCUUUAGGGUUAAUGUUCUUCUGCAUUCUGUUCAAUUACACGAUCCUGAGGGACACGAAGGACGUCUUGGUGGUGACGGCGAAAGGAAGCUCUGCUGAGAUUAUACCUUUCUUGAAGACAUGGGUCAAUCUUCCUAUGGCCAUUGGGUUCAUGCUCCUCUACACCAAACUCUCCAAUGUUCUCUCCAAAAAGGCUCUUUUUUACACCGUUAUUAUCCCAUUCAUCGUCUACUUUGGGGCCUUCGGUUUCGUCAUGUAUCCUCUCAGCAACUUGAUUCACCCGGAAGCUCUUGCAGACAAGCUUCUUGCCACUCUCGGCCCAAGGUUCAUGGGUCCUCUUGCAAUCUUGCGGAUUUGGAGUUUCUGUUUGUUUUAUGUCAUGGCCGAGCUUUGGGGUAGUGUGGUGAUUUCAGUUCUCUUCUGGGGCUUUGCUAAUCAGAUCACAACUGUUGAUGAAGCCAAGAAAUUCUAUCCUUUGUUUGGACUCGGAGCCAAUGUAGCGCUGAUCUUCUCAGGAAGAACCGUGAAAUACUUCUCUAACUUGAGACAGAAUCUUGGUCCUGGAGUCGACGGCUGGGCAGUUUCAUUGAAAGCCAUGAUGAGCAUUGUGGUGGGAAUGGGACUUGCCAUCUGUUUCCUCUACUGUAUAAACCUUGUGGAAGUCACAUGGAAAUCAAAGCUUAAAGCUCAGUUCCCUAGCCCGAACGAGUACUCGGCAUUUAUGGGAGACUUCUCAACCUGCACGGGUAUUGCAACAUUCACAAUGAUGCUUCUCAGUCAAUACGUGUUCGAGAAGUAUGGUUGGGGAGUAGCUGCAAAGAUCACCCCAACUGUUCUGCUGUUGACCGGUGUUGCCUUCUUCUCUCUGAUAUUGUUUGGCGGCCCGUUCGCACCACUCGUUGCCAAGCUUGGGAUGACACCGCUACUCGCAGCUGUCUAUGUGGGUGCCCUCCAGAACAUCUUCAGUAAGAGCGCCAAGUACAGCUUGUUCGAUCCUUGCAAAGAAAUGGCCUAUAUCCCCUUGGACGAGGACACCAAGGUCAAAGGCAAAGCUGCGAUUGAUGUGGUUUGCAACCCGUUGGGGAAAUCAGGCGGAGCUCUAAUACAGCAGUUCAUGAUCUUAUCCUUUGGGUCGCUCGCGAAUUCGACGCCUUACCUAGGAGCGAUCUUGCUGGUCAUCGUCACUGCGUGGUUAGCUGCAGCUAAGUCGCUGGAGGGACAGUUCAACGCUUUGCGGUCUGAAGAAGAGCUCGAGAAGGAACUGGAGAGAGCCUCGUCGGUCAAGAUCCCUGUUGUGUCAGAAGACGAAGGCGGUAACGGUUCACUAGGAGAAUCUUCUAGCAGUUCGCCGGAGAAAUCUGCUCCCACCAACAUAUAG